AUGAGCGCAGCCACCCACUCCCCGGUGGUGCCGAUGGCGUCCGGCAGCGGCGACCGCGACCCGCUGCCCCCCGGCUGGGAGAUCAAGAUCGACCCGCAGACCGGCUGGCCCUUCUUCGUGGACCACAACAGCCGCACCACCACGUGGAACGACCCGCGCGUGCCCCCCGAGGGCCCCAAGGAAACGCCAUCCUCUACAAAUGGCCCUUCUCGGGAAGGCCCCAGGCUGCUGUCCACUAGAGAAGGCCAGGCGGUGUACCCCCAGCUCCGACCAGGCUACAUCCCCAUUCCUGUGCUCCACGAGGGCGCCGAGGGCCGACAUCCUUUCCACGCCUCUCCCCUGGCUGGGACGCAGCGAUUCCGAACCGAGGCGGCCACCGCGGCUCCUCAGAGGUCCCAGUCCCCUCUGCGGGGUGUGGCGGAAGCCACCCAGCCAGAUAAACAGUGUGGUCAGGCCACGGCAGCAGCUGCAGCUGCAGCAGCCCAGCCCCCAGCCUCCCACGGACCUGAGCGAUCCCAGUCUCCAGCCGCCUCCGACUGCUCAUCCUCGUCCUCCUCGGCCAGCCUGCCCUCCUCCGGCAGGAGCAGCCUGGGCAGUCACCAGCUCCCCCGGGGCUACAUCCCCAUCCCUGUGAUCCACGAGCAGAACGUCACCCGGCCGGCUGCCCAGCCCUCCUUUCACCAAGCCCAGAAGACCCACUACCCGGCCCAGCAGGGUGACUACCAGACCCACCAGCCCGUGUACCACAAGAUCCAGGGGGACGACUGGGACCCCCGGCCCCUGCGGGCCGCGUCGCCGUUCCGCCCGCCCGCCCGGGGCACAUCCAGCCGAGAGGGCUCUCCGGCCAGAAGCACCACGCCCGUGCCCCCGCCGUCGCCCCUCCGCGUGCACACCGUGGUGGACAGGCCUCAGCAGCCCAUGACCCAUCGAGGAUCUUCGCCUAUUCCCCAACCUGAAAACAAACCAGAAAGCAAGCCAGGCCCAGCUGGACCUGAACUCCUUCCUGGACACAUCCCGAUUCAGGUGAUCCGCAAGGAGGUGGAUUCUCAGCCUGUUUCCCAGAAGCCCCCACCUCCCGCUGAGAAAGUAGAAGUGAAGGUUCCCUCUGCCCCAGCUCCUUGUCCUCCCAGCCCCGCUGCUCCUGCUGCCUCUUCUUCUCCCAAGAACGUGGCUGCAGAAGAGAAAGCAGCCCCCAGCCCUGCCCCUGCUGAAGCCACACCCCCCAAACCAGGAGAAGCUGAGGCACCCCCAAAACACCCAGGUGUGCUGAAAGUAGAAGCCAUCCUGGAGAAGGUGCAGGGGCUGGAGCAGGCCGUAGACAACUUUGAAGGCAAGAAGACAGACAAAAAGUAUCUGAUGAUAGAAGAGUAUUUGACCAAAGAGCUGCUGGCCUUGGAUUCCGUAGACCCUGAAGGACGAGCUGACGUCCGUCAGGCCCGGAGAGAUGGCGUCAGGAAGGUUCAGACCAUCUUGGAAAAACUGGAACAGAAAGCAAUAGAUGUCCCAGGUCAAGUGCAGGUUUACGAACUCCAGCCCAGCAACCUUGAGACCGAUCAGCCGUUGCAGGAAAUCAUAGAGAUGGCAGCAGACAAGAAUAAGAAAAGUGCUGGAAAUAGAGAAGACCCCAAAACUGAACCCCAGCCGCCAGAAACCAAAGAAGGGGCAACGCCAAACCCCAGCAGCACGACAGACUCAGCUGGAAACCCACCAGCACCCUAGUCUCACCGCGUUCGGCUCCGACCUAGAGACUGGGAACUGACUGUGUGCUGUAGGGAAUUUUAAGUUGCAUGCAUUUCAGAGACUUUAAAUCAGUUGGUUUUUAUUAUUCAUAGCUGCUUGAUCCGUAGUAACCUGGGUGGAGGUAAAACACACUAAUAAAAGGGCUAAGAGGAAAAUGACGCUUUUCUUCUGUAUUCUUACCCUGUACCAUAAAGAAGUUGCUUGUUUCAAAAGUUUAACCCCAUUGCUAUUGUUUGGGGGCCCUCUCUGUGCCGGGCUACCACGUAUAGGCCAUGGUUGUGAGCUCUGGACUGAAGGAGUUUGGGGGGACAGGUGGGGAGUCUUAUUUCCCAUCACAAAAGUAAAAAACCCGUUUUACAGAAAUGUUGCCAUUUAAAUGGGAUGAUUUUCUUCAUCUCAUAGCUGAAAUACCUGAUUGUAGCUAGGAUAAAAUGUGCAAGGAGCAUAGGGAUAUCUGUAUGUGGAGUGACUUUAACUGCUACAUUUUAAAAAAAGAAAAUAAAAUAAUGUAAUGCCAAAUGUUGUGGUUUCUAAAACUUUGAAAAGAACAAUAGCACCUAGCGUGUCUCUUCCUGGCUCAGGUGAAUGGAAUGGCAGGGGUGUUUACAAGCCUGGCCUGGACUUGGUAACCUUUUUCCCUGCCCAGCUCCUGAGAGACCAACUCACGGUCACUUGCCAGUCUCAGAUUGCAACUAGA